GAAGGGCUUGGCGGGGCCUAGGACCCACAUCAGAAGCACCUAUAAAAGCUGCAGCCGGCAGGGCCCGGAGUCCUACCUGUCCCUGACUGCAGUGGCGCCAUGCUGGGAGGCUUGGGGAAGUUGGCAGCUGAGGGCUUGGCCCACCGCACCGAGAAGGCCACCGAGGGCGCAGUUCACGCCGUGGAGGAGGUGGUGAAGGAGGUGGUGGAGCACGCCAAGGAGGCGGGCGAGAAAGCCAUCGCUGACGCCUUGAAGCGAGCCCAGGAAUCAGGGGACAAAGUGGUGAAGGAAGUCACAGAGAAGGUGACCCACACCGUCACCGACGCCGUCACCCAUGCAGCGGAGGGCCUGGGCCGGCUGGGACAGUGACCUCCUGCCACCUCCAUAAAAGCCUGGUGGGCCAGGGUAUAACUCAGCGAUUCAGUGCUGGCCUGGCAAGCGGGAGUUCAUAAAUUUGACUCCCAGUACUAAAAAAAAAAAAAAAAGAAAAGAAAAGAAUAAAAACCUGUUAAAUCUA